CUGAAACAUCUAUAAGUAGUUGGUCAUUAUGACAGCAUUCCCGGGCAUUCAGAACUGACAAAAGGUACGACUAAGUGCAAACCAAGAGCAUUGGCGGAUGGGAGGUUGUGACGAAUGUCACCGAGGGAGGGUCGCCUGCCUAAAUUGCACCAGACCUUCUAGAGUGUGCGUCCUGGCAGAUAAUACAAACAACAGAUAAAUAAGCUUAAUUCACCAUAAAAGGAAACUACACUGCCACUCUACUAGAAGGUCUGGCUCGAGACUAACGACUGUGCACCAAUCAAGGUCCUAGCCAAUAUCAAUUAUCCGAUCAAAAAUCUCAAAGCUGUCGAACAGUCAAAGUUACGUUCAUAUAUGUACCCGUGAGAUUACACCUCAUGGUCAAACCCAGUCAGUUUAUUCAUAGACAUUCGGAGGCUCGUGAGGCCACGCCUUGCCUUCGUGGUCUCUUCCCAACUACGCCUCACAGAAUGAUUUCGGUGUCUGCUACUUUUCGCGAAACCACGGCUUCAAGUGAAGAUCGACAGGAGACUCGUGCCAUGAAUAUUGAGAAGCCUACCCUCCGUGAAUCGUGGGACGUGAUCAUGAAGACGGUGGAUGCACUCGAUGAUGACUUGGUGAAGGGAUAUAAGGAAGAUAUCGAUACUCUUUUGGUUUUCGCCGGUUUAUUCUCAGCAGUCGUGACGGCCUUCACAGUAGAAUCUUAUCAAUGGCUACAAGAAGAUACUGUCGAUAAGAGCGUCGCGCUCCUCACACAGAUCGCACAACAAAUGAGCAACCCCGGUCAGAUGUCACCUUCAUCCACGCCGUUCGCUCCCACGUCCUCGACUGUGCGAAUCAAUACAUUUUGGUUCCUUAGCCUCACGCUUGCGCUCGUGGAUGCUCUGUUCGGACUCCUCUGUAAACAGUGGGUUCGUGAAUAUCAACGAAAAACAAACACAAAGACUCCGGGUCAGGCGUUGGCGCUCCGUUGGCUCCGUUUCCAGAGUUUCGAACGGUGGCACGUUCCCAAAAUUCUCGCAUCUCUUCCAAUCCUACUCGAAGUCGCUCUAUUCCUCUUCCUUGCCGGACUAUUGGAGUUGUUGUGGUCUCGACAUCAUUUCCCAUUUUUCAUUUGUCUAGUAGUCAUCGGGCUUGCUAUUUUGUUUUACCUCACCACAACUAUAAUCCCCGGCCUGAGCACAAUUCACCAAACCCUCCGAACACAUCCCUACUUUGCAUCUGACCUUUACCCAAUGCUCAUUGCUCACUUGCCGCUAAUCGACUUCGUAUGUCCAUACAAAUCCCCUCAAUCAUGGCUUUCAUUCCGCCUACUUUCGGCCAUAUAUUAUCUUCCAGGCUUUAGAUGGCUCAUCCACCCCUUUCUUGUCAAGUUCAGUCAGAACUGGUAUCCUGAUUGGGACCACGAUUUCAAAAACCUAGAUCACCUCAUCAGCAAGAACGUUUUACAGGCUUCCUGUUGGUCUUCACUCGAUGUCAAUGCCAUCCAGCGUUUCUCAAAUGUCAAAGGGUGUCCUGAUCUAUACCAAUUAAAGGGCUUUCGAUGGCUUGUCCAGGAAACCCGAGAUACUCCAUCCAUGGUUCCUCACCUAAAGAAUGUGCUGGCAGAGCUCGACCCACAUUUAGUCAUGCCCGCUAUUUUCGAUCGCUGGGAUUCACCAUACAAAAAAGCUAUGUGGCAUGUGUUUGACGUCCACUCUGCACUGGAGUCUUCCCCAAGCCACAACGAAAAUUCAGGUCUAUUCGAUGAUCAAUCACCAUUCGACCAUUCAGUUAUAGUUUCACGAUUGUUAUGCUUCCAACACUGUUUGAUAAUCUUUGACGGUGCUUGGGAAAUUUGGGAUUCGAAUGGUUCCGGGUUGAAGAAGGCAGCAGAGGACCUCUGGAUUCGUAUACUCAAAGUGCCUAAAAAUAGCCAAUUCGUGAAGGUAUUUUUCCGCCCUCAGGAGUUGUUGCGGCGCCCAUCCCGGAUGGAUUGGUGUGGAACAAUUUUGGAUUUCUACAAGGAGCAUUGGCACGAACUGGACAUUGGAAUCCAAGUAUGGCUGACAGAGAGGCUCUCUCGCUCUAUCCUCCGAUUUCUCGGGUCCGAAUCAGAACUCGACGUGAGAUCCACUCAUCUGGCAUCCAGCUAUGGUCUCAACUUCUUCACCUCGGUAAACGACGAACUAUGUAAAGCAGAAUUUCUCGAAACGACUUCUGCCUACCUGGAAAGCUGGAUAGACGUAUUGACCCACGUGCGUCGCCUUCACCACUUGCCGAUUCUGCAAUUCAAGCCAAUUCCGGGUUACUUUCCACUACUAUCAAGAAAAUUCCAGAGGCUCUUGGAUGAUCCAUCGACAUCUGAAUUAGACACGCUUUGGCCCGUGUUGGAAUCGUACAAGCAACUCUGGGAUAAGGCAUACAACUCGCAAAAGGAAAACCUAGUCAGCAUAUUGUCCAAUCACAUACAUAACGUAGGCCCCGAACGAAACACGAAAGCUCCCAUCCCAAUUUCGUCGAUCGAAGAACCUUCCCAACUUCCGCCUUUACCCUCGUCUAUCUUUACCAGAUCUAUGAAGUCGCGACAACCCCUCGAAUUUCUCACUUUCGUGAACGAGAAGCUCAUUCAAGAUCCUGAUUUCCUUCAUGAUUGUUGGAAGAGUACCGUUGACCGCUGGGUGAUUGCACUGGAGUGCGUACGAGUUCUCCAAGGAUUACCGCCCAAUUAUUUCAGAUCAAUCCCGGAGUGCAACGGGGAUGGCACAGUCAUCAGUUACAAACCUGGCAACCAGAGAAGCGAUAAGAUUGAAAAAGGAGAGGAAGGAACAGGAGGUGAAAGGUAUGAGCUCGGCCGACUGAAGGUUAGCAUAGAGGAAGACGACGGACCGGCAUCUUCCAGUGAUGACAGACUAGAACGUAAUUCAGGAGAAGGAUAUCCGGGAGCUAUUUGGGGGCAAGGUGCGGAGAACAACGUUUAG